GAAGGACAUCAUUUGUUGUACUAAUGGAGAGAAAGAAGGACAAAAAUAUGAUUGAUUUCUACAAAGAUGUGCAUUGGUCAAACAAAAAGGGGAGAUUUAUCACACCAACUACAGAAGACAAUUAUAACCAGAUGGUUGAAAAGAUGAAUGCAAAAGAGCCAGAUGCUCGCACAGAUGAAGCAGCAGCAAACAUAUUUAGGGAGGUCUUGGGACAUAGACCAGGGUAUUCUAGAGGGAUGGGGCACUCUGUUAUGCCUGAAUCUCCUAAAGUACCUGGCGUUCCCAAUGAAGAGUAUGAACGGCUUGCUAAGGAAAAUGAACAAAAUAAGAAAAAUGCUGAGUAUUACCAAAAUCGGCUGAAAGAGCUUGAAAAUGGUGUCCUGGCUAUCCAGGAGAAUAUGCAAGCAUAUGAAGCACGUAUAAACAUGAGAAUGUCUGGAGUUGAAACAGAAUUAGAGUCUCAAAGAGAGACUCAAGCUGCAGUUCCUUAGGCAUCAUCCAUGUGCUAGCAGUAC